ACCGUCUGGCCUCUAAAGAGCAUGCGCAGAUCGUCGUGUGUCAGUGUUGUAACCACAGAUUGUAUAAAACUUUGUAACGUGAUGUUUUAGUUUUGUCGCUUAAUUGUUAAAUUGAAACGUGUAACGCUGACGGAUUCUGCAGCGAUGACGGAAGAAGAACAACAGAUCAACAACAACAACAAGGGUUUCCGUCUGCCGGGGAUUCAGAGCAUCCAGAGCACUCCGUGUGCCAGAGACGCCAUCCUGCACGGGGCCGGGGGCUCACUGGCUGCUGGCCUGCUCCACUUUCUAGCCACCAGUCGAGUGAGGAGGUCUUUUGACGUCGGACUUGGAGGAUUCAUGCUCACCACACUCGGGUCCUGGUUUUACUGCAGGUACAACAACGCAAAGGCUCGCGUGCAGCAGAGGAUGAUCCAGGACGGCAUGAAGAACAAGAUUUUGUACGAAGGAUCUGUUCCAGAUCCUGUGAAAGAACCCAGUGUAGAAACACCAUCAAGUCCUUCGUGAUGACUGGCACUAAAAUUCUUCCCUGUCCUUUGCUUUGAAAAAGAGGAAACGUUUUCUGCAUGAACGGCUCCUCUUCCUCAUCCUGAGACAUUCUUCAAUGGUCAGUUCCAUCACGUGUUAGAAACCUCAUCAACACGUCCACUCACUUUUUUCCUGCUGUAUUCUCACAUGGAUAUUUUACAAUUUCAGGAACAUAUCAGUUGAGUGCAGAUCUGAAAACAAACUCUGGUGUCUCUGUGAUUUAUUUUUUCUGUGUGAAGCUCCUUUCACUAAAUGGUGUGAAAAAAAGAACAACCAUUGUGUCAUUAGUCUGUGAUGUUGCUGUAUUUCAGAAUCUGCUGUGACUUGUGGUCUGACUCAGUUUACCACUGUUAUUAUGUUCUGGCUCUUCUCAACCAACUAAGCUACGUCUCUCACAAUAAGUCAUAAAAAGGACGGGGACACAGCAGCAAUGUAUCAACAUGCUGAGAUAUUAAUGUCUUUUCUGCAAACCCUUUGAAAUGCAUGGUCUUGUAUGUAAACAACAAACAAAAUGCUCGUAUUUAUUUUUUUCGCUUCUGGAAAAACUGAAUCACUACAGUUUUCUCUCUGUAUUUAAGAAUCAAAAUCAGGGACGCGACAAACUUCAUCUGUUUCAUUUCUCUAACCCUUAAAAUCUUGCUGAUUUACACCUUCAUUUUUUUUAAUCAUUUAUAUGAUAAAACUUGAAGUAAAAGAAAAUAAACUUGAACUUAUGUCAACAUG